AUGGUCGGCGUGGAGCUGUUCUCGCAUCCCGCGCUCCACACGCGCUACCGGGCCGGGCUCUGCUCCGCCGCGGCGUUGGCGCUGUUGCUGAUCACGGCGCUCACCUACGUGCCGCCGCUGCUGGUGGCCUACCGGAGCCACGGUUUCUGGCUGAAGCAGGGCGCGUACCUGGAGCAGCCCACUGUGCGGUUCCGGUACGAGGUGCUCUUCGUGGCCACCGUCGGGCCCGGCCCAGGCAGCUUCUUGGCAUGGAGCACGUUCCCAGCAUUCAACAGGCUCCAGGGGGACCGGCUGCGAGUCCCGCUGCUGUCGACUAGAGAAGAUGACAAAAAUCAAGAUGGCAAAAUGGAUCAGUUGCAGUUUAAAUUGGAACUUCCUCUACAGCCUACAGAGCAUGUAGUUGGUGUUCAGCUGAUUCUACUUUUUUCCUACCAGCUUUAUAGAAUGUCAACACUUGUGAUGCAGAGCAUGGCUUUUCUUCAGUUUUUUUCUCCUGUGCCAGGGUCUCAGCUCUAUAUGAAUGGAGACCUGAAAUUGAAACAGAGGCAAUUACUUAACCAUUGUGGACUGGAUACCAGAUACAAUGUGUCUGUGGUCAAUGGCACAAGUCCUUUUGCGAGUGACUAUGAUUUAACAAACAUCAUUGCAGCAUAUUGGGAUAGAAAUGUGACAACAGUCUUUUCAGAUCCCAACCCUGUUUGGAUGACUGGAAGAGCAACAGAUACACCAUUUAUCAUUAAUGCCACUAUUCAUUACCCAGUGGAAGUGAUUAAAUAUCAGCCAGGAUUUUGGGAAAUGAUUAAAUUUGCCUGGAUCCAGUAUGUCAGCAUUCUCCUUAUCUUUCUUUGGGUGUUUGGUAGGAUUAAAAUGUUUGUGUUCCAGAAUCAGGUGUUGACUACAACUCCAAUAUCACCAGUUCUGCCGGUGUCUCCAGUACUGUCCUACAAACAGCACCAGUCCUGAGGAGAUGCCUGAGAACACUUUAAAGAAAUGCAGUUCAAAAAUAGAUAGCUGUUUUUAUUCUCUAUACACUUUUUACUUUGGAGGAUCGGAACUUUCUAAGUAUGUUCCAAGUACGUUCUGUUCGUGCUUCCUUUUUAAAAUACAUGUGCAUUCAUCUGUUUCUCUGGGAACACUGCUUUGGGACUGAAAAUGUUAAUAUUUUUGAGAAUUAAAGAAGAACCUAGUUAUUUUUUUGCAACCGGAACAUGCUUCAAAAACCAGUAGAACACCAUGAGACUGCUUUUGCAUGAUCUUAAUUUUGCUAAACCUUGAAGACUGAAAAUAAUAUGCUAACAGUAACAACAUAAGCCAUUUUCACCGUCUUGUAAAUUAAUUCACUGCUGAGUUAGAGUUCUGUCAAGAGCUGUUUGUAUGUGCAUUGAUGUGCACUAGGAAAGGAAAAAAUAUAAGAAAUGUGAAAAAAUGUAUGGAUGAGUUAGUGUCAGAGCCACAGUUCUGUAACUGUGGCUAUACGUGCUCACUGAUUUAGUUAUUAAAUUGGAUAAUGGAUGAAUUCAAGGUUGAUUUGAGAAACUGGGUUGUAGGUGAUAGUGUCUGCAAGGUUUGCACAAUCAUUUACUACUGGCAUUAUUACUGUAGCACUAGACCAUUAAUUGUGAAUUGGGAAUAGUAAAACAGAGAACCCUGGUAUUUAUUUAAAGAAAACUAACAAAAAAUGACCAGAGAAGCUUCAGAGUUCCAAAGCAAGUGAAUAAUUACUUUCAGCACUUAAAUGAUAACUUGGAACAGAUAAAAAGUAAAUCAAUUAUAAUCAGCUGGUGAGCACUGAAAGACUAUGUCCCUCAUUCUUGACAGGAGGGGUGGUGGUAAGGAAGAGUAUU